UCUGAACCCAUAAAUCAAGUCCGAACUCUGUUUGAAGGCACUACUCUAUUUACCAUUUUUGUGGAAAGCGACAAUAUGCAGAUCAGGUUCCUGUACUUCUUCCUCGCUGUGAUGACUAUCUUCAUCCUGGGCGCCAAGGAAGCGGAUGCCGACUGUCUUUCUGGACGAUAUCGAGGACCCUGUGCCAUCUGGGAUAACGAGACCUGUCGUCGUGUCUGCAAGGAGCAAGGACGAUCCAGUGGACACUGCAGUCCCAGUUUGAAGUGCUGGUGCGAGGGAUGCUAAUGCCAACCCAACAUUCCCGAAACUUGUUAAAUAAAAGUUUUUAUAUGAAAGCACCAGUUGAGUACUACAAAUACAUAUAUUACUGCAAAGACAUUUGAUUUAAU